AUGUCGACAUCAUUGGUAGAUCAAUCAACGCCUAGGCCAUAUCGGUCUCAUUUGCGCCCAGCUUGUUUGCAAUGCCGGCGCCGCAAGUCGCGAUGUCAACAGCAAGAAAGCAUCAGCUCCUCAACUUGUCAGAUGUGCCACGUAUACGGCACCGAAUGCGAGUUCCCACCAUCUCCUCGAAGUGCAGGCCGAGCACCUCUGAACCCCGGAAAAGUCCAAAAAACAUAUCGAACCCCGCAAUCCAACACGCCAUGUCGAAGAGAGCCUCUUGCAUCGGCUAAAGUACCCCAGACCGGGAAACAUGCGAGGGUCACUUCCACGUCUCCACCGACGACCAGCAGCAUGGCAUCAAGCUCGGGCCCCAAAGUUGUACUCAGUCCGCACAAUCCGCAUUUGAUGCUGGCACUCGACAGUCCCGAGGAUGAGGACAACUCUCACAUCAUUGGCCCGGCAGUUACCAAUGACACACAGGUAUUGGCGGACUACCUGAGCACAGAGCCAAGUAUUCACGAGCGCAUGAUUCGUGUGGUCAAGACUAGACCUGGAUCUCAAGCGGGACAGGCACCUCAGUCCCCAGAACCAUUCAAGGGUGGCAUCCGAAAGCCGGUCAUUUUCACGGCAGUUCGUAAACGCCCUUAUGGCCUGGCACCUAGGCAGACUGCUCCUUUGCAGAAGUACCAGAUAGUGGAGAAGAUGCUUGAGCCAUGGACUUCAACACUCAUUGACUUAUACUUCCAGAAAGUCAAUAUCUGCUUCCCUCUUCUGGAUGAAAUGUCCUUCAAGCAUCAGUUUCAGACAGCAAGAGACAGAAUAUCUCCGGCACUGCUGUCUGUCCUAUAUGCCAACUCCAUGAUAUUCUGGAAGAACUCACCAGACUUGCCUUCGGAGUACUGUCCCGAUUCUCGGUUCAUAUGGAACCAAGCAACAGAAACGCUUUUUUCUGAAUUACAUAUUUCACCCGGUAUUUCCACCAUUAUUGCCAUUAUCCUCAAUGUUGGCGGUAGGCCAACGACGUCAAUAAUCAUGAACGAGAUUCAACUUGGUGCAGCCGUAUCACUGGCGCAGUCGCUCGGUCUCAACCGAGAUCCUACAGACUGGAGCAUUUCUAUGCCUGAAAAGUGCUUAAGAAUGAAGAUAUGGUGGGCGUUGAUAGUUCAUGAUAAAUGGCUGAGCCUCGCCUACGGAACACCACCUCAAAUCAAACGGUUUCAAUACGACGUCCCAGACCCUACGUUAGAUUACCUCACAACAGCCGAUGCGACUGAUGUUGAAAAGGGCGCUGCCUCCGUCUUCAUAGCCCUCGUUACCUUGACAGGGGUUCUGGACAAGUACUUGGAGUUCGUCUAUGACCUCAAUCAUGAGCGAGAUCAAGACAACGGGCAUACUUCCCUUGGGCUGGAGUUGAGUCUUGGCCAAUGGGAAGAUUCUCUUGGUGAUGAUGUUAGGAGGAUUGUUACCCGUGGAAACAACCUCCAUACGCCCGGCGCAGCGAACCUGCGGUUAGCGUAUUUGUCGACUAAGCUUCUUCGCAGAAGGAUUGAACUUGACAUUGAGAAGCAGGAUGAGUCUGCACUUGGCGACGCACUCACAAACCGCUACAUUCAAGUUCGCCGAGCUGCCGAGGAGAUAGUGCUCCUUGUGCAAGAACUUGAGGAGAUUCACCUGGGCGAUUUCUGGUUACCGGUUAGCGCAUUCGCAUUCACAUCUGCCAUUACGUUUCUGCUGCGGUGCGCACUCGAGACGGAAAAUACAGCUGCGGGCCUGGCACAGAGCGCAUCGCUGAAGCUUGCAAAGAACUUGAUUGAAUCUUUGGAAUCGCAUCAACAGAACUCGGGCUGGGAUCUGGGAGACCUCUGCUUGGCGCAGUAUGCCGAAGUGGUUGAGAGGUUGUUAACAGCGGAUAGCCCGUCUGCGACGGUGCCUGAAUUCCAACAGCUCAUGAUGUCGUCGGAGGUCCCGAUUAUUGACGAGCUUUUCCCAAACCUUUGGGACAUGUUUUGA